AUGGGGCCCCUGGGCAAUAGGGGAUCAUGGGACCCCUGUGUCCUUGCCCAAACUCAAAAAAGCCUAUGAAAAAGGUACCAGGGGCAUCUCAUGGGGCCCCCUACUGACCCCGAGCCCUCGGGCAGUGCCCGAGUUUCCAAAUGGUCAGUCCGCCCCUGCUUGAAUGUUUGGAACUGUAUAACAAGCUUGUGUAGAAUUUUCUCCAGAUUCCUCACUUGUUAAGACCCUGUGCCUUAUCUUUCAAGUAUGUUUUCACUAUGUCUUUGUGUGUGCAGGUGUCCUUGGGCUCAUAGUUUUGGCACAGGGGCAUGCCAUAUUUAAAGU